GGCGCCCGCAACGCGAGCGACGAAUGCGAUCAGAGUGAAAAUGUUUCCAAUUGCUUUUCAAUAAACAAACUACCGCCGCGAACCGAACUCAGUGAAAAUAUUAAAACAAAAUUUCGCACGUUUAUCAAAAGUUGCCGUCGCUAUUUAAUUUUGAAUUUCGCUUUCGCGUUCGUCAUUGCAAUAGUAAUCGUCAGACUGGAGUGCUGAUCAGUGAUUCAACCAGUCGUUAUUCUCAAAACAGUACCCAAAAACGAAUCUUCAAAUAAAAACAAGACACAAAACAAAACUAAAUCAAACAAAAUUUCAAGAAGAAACGAGAAUAAGACAACAAUCGGAAUUGAAUGCAGCCAAAAAUGCCAAGUUAUAUGCAAGGGAGGAAGCGCAUAAAUAACAAGUGUCCACCCAAAUCCAUCAGUCACCAACAGCGGAACCAGCGGAACCAGCUCACAAAUCCUAGCCAGCCGAGUCAGUUCAUUGUUUCAGCAAAUGUUCGAGCUGCGUACCGAGCCCACUGCUCUCGCCCAGCUGCUCAGCGGCCGAUGAUGGCCUGGCCGCGCAAGAGAAAGAACUCCAAUCCUCAAAACGAUAUCUCCCAGCUCAGUUCAGAUCAAAUAAUAGAGUAACUCGAGUAGUACACAAUAUCAGAGUCCAGACUGCAUUCAAUUGGAUCCUCUACGAUACAAACAGACACAAACAGACACACACACACCAACACACCCACACACACACACGCAAACACACACAUACACACACACACAAAUACAGAGAAUAUAGGAAGGAGUGAGCGUCUCAGUUGAAGCCAUAUACCAAUUGAGCUUUGGUAAAAACACUCCGCGCUCCGCUCUGUUUAACAAACCAUGUUAGAUAUAUUUCGUGGAUUGAAAAACCUUGUAAAGGUCAGUCACGUUAAAACCGAUUCGAUAGUAUUCCGCCUGCACUACUCAAUAACUGUGAUGAUUCUGAUGUCAUUCUCGCUAAUUAUAACCACACGCCAAUAUGUGGGUAAUCCAAUUGAUUGUGUACACACUAAAGAUAUUCCAGAGGAUGUGCUCAACACAUAUUGUUGGAUACAGUCAACGUAUACGCUCAAGAGUUUAUUUUUGAAAAAGCAAGGCGUUUCGGUGCCAUACCCGGGUAUUGGCAAUUCCGAUGGCGAUCCUUCCGAUAAGAAGCACUACAAAUACUAUCAGUGGGUGUGCUUUUGCCUAUUUUUUCAGGCAAUCUUAUUUUACACACCAAGAUGGCUGUGGAAAUCUUGGGAGGGUGGCAAGAUUCAUGCACUCAUCAUGGACUUAGAUAUAGGCAUUUGUUCCGAAGCCGAGAAAAAACAAAAAAAGAAGUUACUUUUAGAUUAUUUAUGGGAAAAUUUAAGAUAUCACAAUUGGUGGGCCUACAGAUAUUACGUGUGUGAACUGCUCGCCCUAAUAAAUGUGAUAGGUCAAAUGUUUCUUAUGAAUAAAUUUUUCGAUGGCGAAUUUAUGACAUUUGGCUUGGAUGUGAUAGAUUAUAUGGAGACCGAUCAGGAAGAUCGCAUGGAUCCGAUGAUUUACAUAUUUCCCAGAAUGACCAAAUGCACAUUUUUUAAAUAUGGCUCAAGUGGGGAGGUGGAGAAACACGACGCCAUUUGCAUUUUACCAUUAAAUGUUGUUAAUGAGAAAAUUUACAUUUUCCUUUGGUUUUGGUUUAUAUUAUUAACGUUACUCACAUUGUUAACGCUAAUAUACAGGGUGGUUAUUAUAUUCUCGCCUCGAAUGAGGGUCUAUUUAUUUCGAAUGAGAUUUAGGUUAGUGCGUCGUGACGCAAUUGAAAUAAUCGUCCGUCGUUCCAAGAUGGGCGAUUGGUUUUUGUUGUAUUUGCUAGGUGAAAAUAUAGAUACAGUUAUAUUUCGUGAUGUUGUACAGGACUUAGCGAAUCGUUUAGGACAUAACCAACACCAUAGGGUGCCUGGAUUAAAAGGUGAAAUACAGGAUGCAUGAUAUUGGGAGUAUUAGAAAGGAUACGAAAUGCAAUAUGUCGUCUCUAUAUAAAAACAACAACAACAACAACAACAUUCAACUAUUUAGUACAACAACAACAGCAGCAGCCGCUUCAUAAGUUCAAAAAUAAAACUGAAAAAAAACGUAUCUUACAAAUACAACCAAAAAAACUAUCGUCAAUGCUAGCACAUCGAAGUCAUUUUCAAUCAUAAAUGCAGUCAGCAAAUAUUGCAAGAGAGUAAAGCACAGAGACACCUCGAUCACGAUAAAGAUAACGAUAACGAUAACAACAAGGAAUAAGAUAAAGAUAAAAAUUAGAAUAUCAAUAGAGCCAAAAACACACAACGAAUGUAAGCGGACUAAACCGAACCAGAAUCGAAAUUGAAAUUGAAAUUUAAGAAACGUUAACUGAAACAAAUUAGCCAACAAAAUACAACAACAACAAAAACAACGAAUAAUUAAAGCAGAUAAAGAAUAUAAUUAAUAAUGAAGAAUAUUAAUCACGAGGAGCAGCAGGAAAAGGAGAUUUGGGCGCAGCCCCCAAGCUGCACCCAAGGACAUGGCAAAUGGAUGCACGUAGCGACUGCAUCUGGGUGCUUGUCCCAUGGAUUCAAGUCAACAAGAAGAAGAUGAAGAUGAAGAAAAAUAGCAGUUGCCCAGCGACAAGAACAAAGUGUGUGCAAAAAAACGAAAACAACACGAAGACAACGAGAAACGAACGGCAAGGAAAUCAUGUGAAAUGAAAUGAAAAGGAAUGGAAAGGAAUGGAAAGGAAAGGAAAGGAAUGUUAACAACGCUCUCGCUCUCUCUCUAUCUCUCUUACAUUCAGCAACAUAAGCAAACAUAUAUACAAAUACACAUACAAGCGACACAUGCUCACACAUGAAUCACAUGCAUCACACAUACACACAAUAUUCACACGGCAUUACUCAUACGCCCCGUACGUAGACGCUGCCGUAGAUAGAAACCAUGAAAUCGCACACUCAACACACCAGCUCCGCACUUUGCUUGUCAUGCAGCAACACAACAAAACACCAACGAAGUCGAGACGACGCCCGCGUAUAAUUGCAUUUCUGUAUUAACCAAAAAAAUAUUAAGAAUAAAGAACAACAAUAACGACUCGGAAGCAUCACGAGUAAGCAGCAACAACAACAGCAAAAACAACAAUAUCUGCACCAACAGCAGCUGCAACUGUUUCGAGCUCAAGGAUUGAGAAGGAUGACUACAAAACUUAAGCUCGUCUCUCAUUUAGUAAAUCAAAUGAGUGAAUAAAAACGAACAAAAAAAAAAUAUAUAGAAGGAGAAAGAACAAGGAUGAUAGUAGGAAGCAAAAAAAAAUAAGAA